GUAUUUUGAUUAUUUUUUUUCUUGUAGAAGCGCACAGAGCUUCAAGAAGUUCUGUGCGCUCCUUAAUGACGAUUAUGUUUCUACCAAUCACAGCUCGGCCGUGCUGCUUCUUCUCUUUCUGCUCUUUGGACCAUGUGUGAGCAAAGAGGAGUCUGCACAUGUUCUUCUUAUUAUUUAAGUGUUCCUUUUUUCUUCUUCUUCUUCUUCUUUUGGUACAGCUUGGAGAGAGUUCCCAUCUUCUCCAGCUGCUGAGCCCAAACCAGUUCACCUGCUGAGUUACUUCUUUCUGCUCUCCUUGUAUUAUUCAGAGUCUUUGUUCCAGGUGGUUCUUUAAAGACGUGGUUGUAAUGUUGAGUCGGGAAAACUCGGGGACCAAUUCAGGUAAAGUGCGAAGAAGUCUGAAUGUGGAACCAGUAGAAAUGAGGAUUCAGCCCAGAGACGCUGAAUAGUCCUCUGUUUUUAUCUUCAGUUGUACAGCUGAAUGAUUUAUAAGUGUGGCUAACCUCACUCCUUUGUAUCUGACAUUUCCAUUUUUUAACAUUUCUUGUUUUGUUAAGUUGGUGAUUUUUUUUUUCUUUUCUUUUUUUUUUGGCGUUUGGAAUUCAGAAAAGACAAAUAAACAUUUUACACUCUUUCUGAGACUCAUUUCUGACUGGAAUUACAUCUGAAACCACAUCUGUACACAUACUGGAUAAAAACGAAAUGAUUUCAGAUGAAAUUGGACUAAACUUUCUCAAAUUUAUUUCAGUAAAGAUGACCAAAAUAAUUUGGCUUUGCUAAAUGACCAGACAGAGAAUCUUCUUAAACUUUCUUUAGAUUAAAAACUGACAGUCUUUUCUGAUCAGUCUGCAGUCUUUUCCCCUCACACACAUUUUCCCUUCCCUCAAAUGACUCAUAUUCCGCCUGGCGGACCGCAAAAGUUGGGAGAAAACAGCUGUUCAAUAAUAACUAAAUACAUUUUUUGAAAAUGCUAUUCUUUGUUACUUGUUCAUUACCCAAUUAUUGUAAACAUAAUCACAAUGUAAUACUUUAACCUUUUCUAAUUCUGCAGCUAAAAUUUAACCAAAGUAUGAUUAAACUAAUACUACUAUAACUACAAAAAAACUAAACAAUAUUUAGUAACUGACACACUCUAAAAGGAACUAAAACUAAGAUAAUUAGACAAACAAAAAGUCAAAAUGAAAUAAAACUAAACCAUAAUAAAAACCCCAAAACUAUUCUAACCCUGAACCCAAACCUCAAACACCCUGCGAUCACAGCAAUUAAUCAUCUAAACUAAUAAUCAUGGAGUCCUUAAAGGGACUUUUCUGUAUUUCUCAAUUAGUAACAUAAAAUCCUUCAUUUAAAAGAUAAGUGUCAUCAGGCAAGCAGGCAUUUUAACACUUUAAGGGUCAUAAAACCGUUCAUGCAAUGGUUUGAGAACACCAUUCAUGUGGAAUAACAGCCUGCUCUCACUUAUCUAUAUGCACCAUGAGGAUAUUUUCCAUGUGUGUGAAGGGUCAGAAUGUGCUAAGUGACGCCUUUGGCAACCCUGUUACCCGGGUACUGUUGCAGAACUGCUUGGGUUUGGCUUUCUAACAGUUUUGUUUCCUGUCAAAACAAAAUACAAGUUAUUUGAAAAUGAUAUUGAUGAUUUAACAUAAAUCUCCAAGCUUCUGUGUUGAAGCUGUAGGAGUCAUAAAAGAAAAUGGGAAUUUUCCCUGCUUUGCCACUCGUCAGGCAUGCUGGUUCCCUCCUGCACUGUUUGACCUUGUUUGACAGCCUGUUGACCGGCGCCAUCUUUACAUCUUGUUCCAGUAUCUAUUCCAAAGUCAAAGUUUCCCAAGCAACAGGGAAUCAGGCUCUCUGGUUGAAACACACUAUGUAAUCAAGAGUGGCCAAUCAAUGUGCUUCCAACUUGCUUGUCUUUCUCAACCUGCCCAGCCCUCCUCUGACCAAUAGCUUAAGGAGAAGUAAUCAUUUCUUGUGUAAUCCUGUGGGGGUCCACCAGGAGCAUGGGGUACCAGGCCAUCAUGAGAGUUGGACUCCACCAACAUUGCUCUUUGCCACAGAUUUCUAGGUACAGACAGGGAGUUGAGGGAGCCCACUUUGGUGGCUUUAGGAGCACGUCUCUUUGCAGAUGUGCAGAUGAUUAUGAUUCACAACUUUCGCUGAUAUAGUUUUCAGCCAAGUGUCAAGUGACCAGAAUCUGUGUUUCUAAAUCUGAGACCGUGGUCUCGAGCCAGAAAAAGGUAGAAUUCCUUCUUCAGGUUCUGGAAGAAGUCCUACCCCAAGUGGAGGAGUUUAUGUAUGUCUAGGUCUUGUUAAUAAAUUAUGGAAAACAUAGAGCGGUAGAUAGGCAGGCGGAUUGUUGCUCCAAGUGCUGUAGCGGUCUGUGGUGGAGACGAGAGAGCUGAGUCAAAAAGUGAAUCUCUCCAUUCGGUCGAUCUGUGUUCUACCCUCAUCUAUGGCUACGAGCUCUGGGUCAUCACAGAACAAGACUGCAGAUACAAUGAGCUUUCUGCUGGGUGUCUGGGCUCUCUCUUAGAGUUAGGAUGAGAAGCUCAGUCAGCAGGAGGAACAGGAGUAGAGCUGCUGCUUCUCCACAUCGAGCGGAGCCAGUUGAGGUGGCUCAGGCAUCUUGUUAGCCUGCUGCAUGGACGCCUCCCUGGUGAGGUGUUUAAGGUACAUCCCACCUGGAACAGACCCAGAGCAAGACCCAGGUCACCCUGGAGGGAUGAUGGAGCUGGCCCAAAGGUAUGGGAGAGUCUGGGUCUCUCAGCUCAGACUGCUGCCCUGGCAACCCGACCAAAGAUAAGAUGAAGAUAAUUGAUGGAUAGUUUUCAAUAGUGCUAUAUACUGUAUAUCAAAGUGAUUUUUUUUUUGUUGCCAAUAUCAUCUUUUGACAAGAAAAAGAUUGGUGAUUUUUUAUUUUCCAAAGCCAUUUUUGGUAAAAAAAUAAAUAAAUAAAUAAAUAAAAAUACUUAGGCUGUUAUUUUAAGAAGGUGGCAAUAUUUCCUUCUGUAUCCUGGGAAAAAUAUGGCUAGCUCCCCAGAAUCUCUGGAUCCAUCAGACUCACAGUAUCAAAUAAAACCUCCACCAUAAACACAUGGCUCACUCUACCAUUCUGUCUCCAUGGUCAUUAGCAUCAGGUGAGGAUCAGUUUGGGAACAUUCUCCUCCAUUCACAUUUCAUAAAGAGAAUGAAUCCCUCCUUCUUCAGUCUGUUAGAUCCCUCCUUCUGUUUAGCAAAGCCUGGUCCAUAUGGAGCCAUAAUCAGCCUGGCUGUACCUUUUGUGCAAGACUCUUUUAUGGCAGGAGCUUAGCUAGACGGAGCACCGCCUGAGAUCCAACAGGUUUGACUGAUUUAAAACAAUUAGAGAUUAAAAAGUAGGAAUGUUGUUUUUGGUUGAUCAGCCAGCUUUGGUUAAGGUGACAAUAACGGUGUUAUUUGACUAUUUUUCUACUGUUUUUGUGUAACAAAGCCAGGUGAUCAAAUUCCCAGGUAGAGCAGCCAAAAAUCUCUGCUAGGAGAAUUUACUCCACUGCUUCCUCCUCAUUAGUCACUGACAGAUGAAAUUAACAGUAGAAUAUCAGCAUAUUUACAAAACUACUUAUGAGUCAUCAGCUAAAUAUUCUUUCAAUUCAUAAGAAUAUACAGUGUCUUAGAUUACGGCUCAGUAAGAGCCCGUGUUUAUGUUCAUAAAUUUAGCAUUUAAAUUUUUCAGUAAUAUGACUGUAUGUAGUUCAUUUAUUCUUACUGGCUUUAUUGCAGGGAUUACAUGUAUGAAGUGGAUGAAUCAUGGAGGGAGCCAGCAUCUCUGUGUUUGUCACCAUGCAGAAAAUCUACUACCCGUUGCUUUGCAUCGUGGGUAUUCCAGCAAACCUCUUCACGUUCUAUAUGAUCUGUUUUCGUAAAUGUGGGAUGUCCAACACGGCCAUCGUUUACCUGAGCUGUCUGGCUAUUGUGGACACCUUCUAUGUAGUGUGGGUUAUACUUCUGGACCUGACUCUGACCUUUUGGACUGUGCAGCCCUUCUGGCACUCCAACCCAUGGUGUGGUAUUCUUGGAUUCCUACAGUAUGGCUCCCUCUACAGCUCCUCCUGGAUUGUGGUGGUGUUCACCAUUGAACGCUACCUUGUCCUCAGAAGCACGGCUUCCAAACAGAAUUUUUCUCAAACAUGGGACACUAAAAUGUUCUGCACAGCUAUAGUGCUGCUGUCCCACCUGGUGUCAGUGCCAAUGGGUUGGAUCAACAUUGUCACACCUGUAAACCUAACAGUGCACGGAGAGAACAUGACACUCCCUCGCUGUCGAUAUCGCAAUCAUACCUAUUCUACAGUUAUAGUCUGGAUAGCUACCUUUCUCUCUGGAGGAAUCCCCAUUGUGCUGGUCAUCAUCUUCAACUACCUCAUUGGGUACCAUCUGUGCCGGGCCAGCAACCUCUUCACUAAGGAGGAACGGCGCAUCAUGUAUGGAAGGAACACCAGAGGUACACUGACAAGAACCAUUUUCAUCCUGGGGACUGUCUCUGUGGCCUUUGUCGUGCUUAGUCUUCCUCGCUUUGUCACAUAUUGCAUCCUGAGGACCAGGUACAAUGAUGAAAGCUUCAACAGGAACGACUACAGCAUUCCAAUCAACGUAGCCGGGGACGUAGCUAACAUGCUCCAGAACCUCAACUCUACCACCAACUUCCUGCUCUACUGCAUGGUCAGCCACCGCUUCAGACAGGAGCUGGUACAGGCUAUGACCUGCAAGGCAAAGGCCCGCGAGCUGAGUACUCUCCUGAACCACACUACAAUGAAAGUUUUCUCUGUUGUAAAUCAUAAGGCGUCACUAUCCAGCAGCCCUGUGACUGUGGUGUUAACCAGUCUGAAACAGACAGAAUAGAAUAGAACUUAAUUCCAUUGAAUUUUGGCCUUCAUAGACUCGAUAUCUAUGAUGCUACCAUUAGGAUGCUAACAUGGAUUUUUAUCCAGUCCUCCAAUCUUGUCCUAUGACGCAAUAACUUAAAUUACAAGACGCUUGGACAUCUAGUAGACCCAAGACAAGAUUAAUGGUUGUAUCACAAUGGGAUUAUGAUAGCCAGACAGUUGCUAGAGAGACCAACUGACUGUGAAACAGUGAGUAUAGGCCACCAGACACUGAGCAUGCUUCGUUAACACCUGACAAAGUUUGAUGGGGUUACACUUUGGGUUGCCCUGAGGAUGCCUGUACCAGGUAAUGCCAAAAAUGUAAUGACUUACAGCGCAAUGCAGAUUUGCUUAAUAUUUCUGGAUGAACUCAAACAUUGGCUCCAACAUCGAGCCACCAUGUUGCUUGUGCAUCCAACAUGCUAGGCUAUUGAACACCGCUUCCUGACAUCAUGUAGAUCCACAUUCCUAAUAUCUUCAAACUUUGUCAAGUGCUAGUAUUGAAGUCUCAAACAAGCAUGUGGCACCGUCUGAAAAUCACACUGAGUCCAGCAGUGUGAUUUUCACUGACUGUUGGAGUCUUUGGCUGUCUCUUUCUGCCCUCUGAUUCUUGUUCUAGACAUGCAACCUCCAACUUCUGAAAAAUGUUGAAAGUUGCAUUAACCUCCAAACGGGUGUACUUUUCUAAUCCUGGCUUUCUAUACUCCAUCCUUGGUCUACAUAUGUACCAAAUUAUGUCCAAAUCAAAUCAUUUGUUUUGUGGAUGCCUUGACUGUUCGAUCAGGUGGUAAUUUCGUUAAUCAGCCUGAAGUGUAUGACAACAUAUAUGUUUAACUUCACUGUUUUUAUGUGUAGUUGUAGUUUGAAAAUAUUAGCAUAAUAUGCUAAAGCAGGGCUUUUCAAAGUGUAGGGGACGCCUCGCUUCAUGAAGGGAAAGUAAGAGGAGAGGGAGAGUUCUUUAGGGACUUGAGGAAAAUAAAUAAACCAGAAAAAGUAACUGCAAACAUUUAGCCAACUUCGCCAAGCCUACACCAGAAGAAAAAUGAAACAAUUUUUAGUACCUGAAGUAUCAUGACUAAGGAGACAGAGUCUGGGCCAAGCAAAAAUGAAGGAGGAAGUAUGACGAUAAUUAUUUGAAGUUGGGAUUUUGAUGUCUAGGAUCUGAAGAUGCUCCACUGCUGCAGUGAGUUUGUUUUUUGUUACAGGAAGCUAAAUGAACUACAGUCACAUCAGAGUAGUUCCUACUUUUAGUGCUUUUAACAUUGUGUGGUGCCCAACAACAUCAAAUGGAACCUGGAGCAUCUAGAAUACAAAAAGCAGAAAGUUUAUUGUUUGGGGAAGGAGCUGUUAGCUUCGCUCUCUGAGAGGGCGCUAGCUCUCCCACACUUUGAAAACCUGUGAGCUGAAGUAUUUCUGAUAGUAACAUUUUGCAUGGCUAAAACUGUUAACCUGUGUGUUGUUAAGAGUUUAUUCAGGCUCUUCCGUAGAUCAUUGAACAUAAUAAAAGGAACUGGAGAUUGUCUUGUUGCUGAAUAAAACGUGGUUUCAGUCACUUCAUUUUGUCCAAGUUGAAAUUUCCAUUCAUCUUAAAACAGGCCAUUUACCAGUAUGAAGGCAUACGAAAGUUUUAACAUGUUACAAUUUUAAAGUUUAAACAUUUCUGUCAUAUAUUUUAAAGCUGCAGUAUGUAACUUUUAUAAACAAUAUGAGUUUUUACAUAUUUGUUGAAACUGUCAACAUGUCACAGUAGUGUAACACAAGACAGAUGUGAAAAAAUUGAGCUCCUCCAUAUGGUUCUACUGCCUUCUGCAGACAUACACAGCUUGAUCAGAAACAACCAAUCAGAGCCAGGAGGAGGGUCUUAAUGCUGUCACGCUGUCAAUCAUGCUCAUGUAUUCUCUGCAGCUGUGUAAAUGGCAGAAAAAACUCACCAUUCCAGGAAAACUGUUUAUCCAUCAUCAUCUAGUCUGAGAAUUCACAACAGGCUCUGGUGAGGGGACUAGCUGUAGCCAUAGAGCAAGGGGGAGAGUGUUAGUAGCGCAUACACCAGGGUGAUUGCCAGUGCUUAUGUCCUUCUUCUGGCUCUGAUUGAGAGUGGUGUAUUUCUGCUUU